AUGGCGAUCCAGUACUACAACAAUCCGAAGUUUGCCAUCGGUGUAGACGAUGACAACAUCGCCAAGAAUUACUGGAGUGCAGUGGAAGACAUGGGUGGCGACGCUUCGAAUGUGCUCCUGGGCCUCUGCUUCGUCGACUGCAAUGAUGGUUUCAGGGCCUACGAUCCCAGCUUCCCGGCGAAGAGUCAGACCUUGGCGCCCAACUUGCUCAAGAACGUAUUGUCCAAAGGCAAAGGCUUCCAAGGCAUCAUGAUCUGGGCCAACCCUCAGUCGAAGAAGAGCAGCAAGUGUAAGGAUGCCAGCGGGAAGGAUGACGGCUGCUUUCCGCAGAUGCCGGCAUGGCUGGACACUGUCUGCUACUCCGUGGAAGGCACGCCAGCCCUUGAAACCUGA